AUGGCACCCGUCGUAUCCACUCUCCGGCGCCAAAGCCAUCAUCUUUUUAGUCUUGCUCCGUUUGACAUAACUAAAUCCCUGCGCCAUUACUCCGGCUACGACCAGGCCGAAAUCCUGCCGAUCGCCCAGUUCAUGCUGGACUACAUCCUCCGCUCCGGGUGCAAGAACCUCGGCAUGGGCUUGGGCCCUAACAUUGGCAUCCAGGCUGGCUACGAAGGUGGCAACGGACACGCAAACCUGUUCAAGAAAUACGCAACUCGCAAACUUUUCCGAACCUUCGAGACCCCGACGGGCUACGAAUGGGACGAGCUCGAGGAAUGGAGCAGCUUCUCCCAGACGGCCAAGAAGCGCGCAACCACCGCCGGCGCCCAACGUGUCGCAAAACUCGUGGAACAGAAUUGA